AUGGCUAAACGAAAGAGAGAAGCUGCUGCCACUGCUAAGGAGCAAGUCUCUAUUGAGCAGCCUCGCAAGGCCGUCAAGGCCACGACUACUGCUGAAUCUCCCGACAAUGCCGCUAUUGCUGGUACCAUCCAGAUCGUCACCGGUUCUUAUGAACGAGUUCUACACGGAUUUACUGCAGCCCUUCCUAUCCAGCCACCGGAUCUGACUUCUGGCGAGAGCGAAAAGGUAGACUCGUCUGCAACGGUGCAUUUUGCAGAUACGUUUCUUUUCCAGGCGCAUACAUCGGCAAUUCGAUCAUUGGCGCUGUCACCACUCAGCAAUACGGAUCCAUCGCAGCCUCAGAACCUGGUGUUAGCCAGCGGCGGUUCCGAUGAGCGGAUCAAUUUAUAUUCUCUGUCCUCGUCUCCUCCUCUCGUUAGUGACCGGUUCCCCUCGGUUCCGACUCUGGCAGGAAACAAGAUCUUGGAGAACCCGAAAAAUCGAGAACUAGGGUCUCUCCUCCACCACUCAUCCAGCAUCACCGCGCUGAACUUCCCCUCCAAAUCAAAAUUAUUAGCGGCGGGCGAGGAUAAUGUCAUAUCCGUAACCAGAAUACGCGAUUGGAAUGUGGUAUCUACAAUCAAAGCACCCCAACCCAAGUCUCAGGGAAGACCCAGUGGAGAUACCGCACCUUUCGGAAGCGAGCCCUGCGGGGUCAAUGCGUUUGCUGUGCAUCCAAGUAUGAAGUUGAUGCUGAGUGUCGGUCGUGGUGAAAAGUGCAUGAGAUUGUGGAAUCUAAUCACGGGGAAAAAGGCUGGUGUGCUUAAUUUUAGCAGGGACAUAUUGCAGUCCAUCAAUGAAAACAAGCGAGGAACCGGCGAAGGACGAGGAAUUGUUUGGGACUCUCAAGGAGAGGAGUUUGCUGUUGCCUUUGAAUGGGGCGUCGUGGUAUUCGGAGUGGACUCCACACCCAAGUGCAGAGUUCUUCCGCCCAGUCGCACUAAAAUCCAUCGUAUUCGCUACUUUGACUUUAGCACAAAGAAGGAUGGCACAAACGAACUACUAGCUAUUUCAACCGAGGAUGGCCGGGUGAUUUUUUAUUCCACUAAAGAGACGAGCGAAGCAGAUGACUCAUCGAUACCCGAUGCUAAGCUAAUAGUCCAAUUAGGCGGAAAGGCCAGUGGUCUUUCAGGACGUGUCAAGGACUUUGAGAUUCUCGAUCUUGCGGAUAUUGAGAACUGGAAGCACCAUUUCGUACUACUGACUUGUGGUAGCGAUGGGGCCGUCCGUGUAUGGCUACUUAAGACUCAAUCCAACGCCAAUGCGAAGAAGCAGGAGGCAAACAAAUCCAGCGAGAUAGUCUACCGCCUUCUCGACACAUAUGAGACUGGGAACCGCGUAACCUGCUUGGCGUCAUUUGUGAUGCAGCGACCACACGCACUGGAUGGAAUCGAUGGUUCGGAUCUGGAAUCAGAUGAUCUAGAAGAGGAAGAGGCGGCUAGCAGUGACGAAAGUGAUGAGGAGUAA